GUGGAUCAGAGGCAGUAACAGAAAAGGGAUCUUCCUAGCCAUAAUGGCGACCAGGUUGUUCACCUCGCCUGGUAGAGUGACGGCCUACCUUCCUAACUUCAGGGCUGCUGUUCAACAUUUCCGAAACUUUUCUUCAUACGACAAACUACCAAACAUCGAAAUUGAAGACAUUGACCCAGAAAAACAUACAAAGAACUUAGGAGUGUUUGGACCUGGGGACAAACGAUUCCCCCUGCCGGGGAAGAUUGGGGUAAAUGUUAGUAAGCCCAAAGUCCGCCCCACCCCCCUCAGUCCCAGCAGCUGCCCACAGGAACUCUUAAAAAAUCACCUCCCCGAAGAGAGGCAUUCAGAAGUGAUGGAACAGAUAAUCAGUCAAAUGGAGGAGUAUGAUGAAGAAUUUUUAAGUGAAGCAGAUAACAGUCCUAUGGAGAUGCUGGAAUGUGUAAGUCAACCAUGUCCACAGAUCCUCAAACAGGAUAUCCAGGAAUUAUUCCCAAGCCGGAACCUCUCCAGAGACACCCUUACCGUGAUAACAAUAAGCCACAGGACGUCACAUGACAUGAGUGGGUGGAGCGAGGGGGUGGAGGAGGAGAGGGAAUUGUUGUUAGCCGCUUUCAUUAAAGGAGCUAGUGACAUUUGUGAGGCAUUAACCAAUUGUGGAUUCUGGGCUGAUUUUAUUGAUCCUUCCUGUGGGAAACCGUAUCUUAGUGAACAUACAAACUCCACAUUCUUUGAAACCGAUGAAAGAUACAGAAAACUAGGCUUUGAGAUAGAAGACCUUGGGUGCUGUAAAGUUAUCUCUCAUCAUCUGUGGGGGACACAUGCUUAUGUGGGAAGUCUGUUUACCACCGCACCCACAGAUCAUCCACUUAUUGCAUGCAUGAUACAGAUUAAAGACCAGUCAGUCAAAUCGAAAAAGGGAGGUAAUUCAGCCUGUAAGGAAGACAACCAAUCACAGCACUGUUAAACAGUGGAGCAGGAGAAAUAGUGACCUUUGAACUUAUUAUUGUUUUGUGUUGAUUACUCCAGGGAAAAGGAAUGUGAAGGCUAAGCCUUAUUAUUGCUUUCUGUUUAAACAAGUGCUUGCUUUUGCAUUUUUCCCUCUAAUAAAAAAAAAUCACUCAGGCCUCUUUUUUUUGUCAGUAUCCAGUACCGGAGUCCUUAUUGAAUAAGCAGAAUAAAUUUACAUGUACUGUAAUAAAUGUUUUAAAUUGU